ACUCUUCAUCUCAGGGUCAGGGCACUGACUGUUUUCGGAAGGCUCUUUCCUGGUUUGCUGUCAGUUUUUUGCUAGCUUGUUGUUUAGUGAGGAGAGUGCCAACUCUCUCUCUCUCUCUCACUCACACACGGACAGGAGCAUGUCACAAACCAGGAGAGUUCCUCCGACACAGCAGCGAGUUGCAGCCAUUCAAGAACCCUACAACAACCCGGAGAAUGAGCCAGGGGACGUGGAACAGCAGCUUGGAGACCAGCAGACACCGGCGGACAGCCACCAAGCUCAACACAGAGAAGGAUAUUCAGUGGUUACACCAAUUGAGAGCAGGCGAUCACGUCUGCAAAUGAUGGCAAACAAGGAACUGGAGGAUCUGAGGAAGUGGAAGGAAGCUAACAGGCUUGGUCCAAUCAACUUGACUCCCAUGCAAUUAGGUGGAAGCACUUCUGAAGCUGAGGCACGUCAACGACAGCAGUUACAUCUCCGAGAGUCCAGGUUCCAAAAAAGAUCUCAGAAAGAAGACUAUAAUAGGAAACAGAAAGAAGCCGAAGAGCUCGAAUAUCGGAAGAAGAAGGAGAUUCAGCGAGAAAAAGCCAAUAAACUCUUGGAAAAGCAGAGGCAACAGGAGGCCCAGAGAAAAGCACAGCUCCAAGCAGAACACCGGCAAGCAAACCAGCAGUUCCUUCAGAGGAUUGAGGCCAACACAUCAUACAGACACUCGCCCCUGCCUCCCAACAGCACAGUUCCAACUACAGCUUGGAGCAAGAGCCGUGGUUACCGAGAGACUCAGAGGGAGGCCGAGUUUCAGCGACUGCAGGAACACAAAGACGAACAGAGGAGAAAGAGUGAACUUGCAGCAGAAGAGACAUCUCGACUCGAAUCUGAAAGACAGCACCGUCUUCAGGAAGAACACAGGAAGAAAAACCAAGCUUUCUUGGACAACCUGGAAAGGAGCCGAAAAUCUUUGGAAAAUUUGAGCAGCUCACCCGCACCUUUGUCUGAUGAGGAGAGCUUUGAAUCCCAAGCCAUGCAAUGUGUCCCUUCAGUGAGCCCGCUUGUAGGUCUGAGGGAGACACGUCAAGACAACUCCGACAAUACAGUGGAAAACACAGCCUGCAGAGACUAUCCUGAAGAUACCGUUUUUGACUGGAAUUUGAUGAAACUCCAGAGCUGUUUCCCUGAUUAUGAACCAUCCGUUCUUGAAGAUCUCCUGCUACAGUGUGACAGUGACUAUAAGAAAGUGAUCCAGCUUCUACAAUGAACCAACUGGAGAGAAGGCAGGUGGUCCAAAUUCUGUGGCCUCCAACACGAUCUCCACUUCACUUUGAUUGGAGACGAUGAUUCUCUUCACUUAGGAAAUGGCUACUUAUGUUCCAUUUUUCCACCUUCAACCCAUUUCCUUUACCUGACCUCGAGUGAUCAAUCAGACCUGGAGGGGGUCCAUUAUUAAUCAUUGCUGGGAAACCAAAUCACAGCCGUGAAUGUUUGACCAUCCACUUGGUGCCAAGAAAAGGCUCUGACAAUUAUGGUUCCUUAAUCCUUUGAGCUGAAUAUGAAGCCACAGCCCUUGUGUCCAUUACUGAGGAGUUUAAUCAAUUGCAGGGUUACUGGCAGAGAGAGGUUGAGUCAGUAACACCUCUUACUCACAAGUCAUACGGUUAUGUAGUAUGGAGACAGGCUGUCUGGCCCAAACUGGUCCAUACCGGCAAAAAUGUCCAUCCACGCAAAUCCCAGUUCCCUGCACUUGGCCCGUAUCCU